CACGAGCCUCCGGAGAUGUUCGGCGUGUGUGUGUGAGAUUCCGGCACAUGGAGCUCUGUAGAGCGGAACAUCCUCCGACUGUCAGCGGCUUUUCAGGCUCCAACCGCAGAGGGACGUCCAGCUGCAGCGCCGCACACCGAGCCCCUGCUGGACAAAGCCUCCGCUCGGACAACAAGCCCCAGGAUGGGCACAAAGCGCGAGGCAGUGCGGGGAAACGUGCGGGUUUCCACACAGAAGAGCGGAGAAAGCGCGGGGAUGAUCCACGGAUAAAGUGCGCUUGUGAUAACGGAGUGUUCUUCCCAGAGACAGAGAGAGAAAGUUGAAGAGAGAGAAAGAAGAGACGCUGCUGAGGGAGACGCUGUUUACAGCUGCUGUAGUUGAGUGAAAGCGGCGAUGGGGAUCGAGGAUCUGAGCGUGAGGAACGGACGCGCGGUGUCGGACCGGUGGGCCGACAGCGUGGUGGUGCGACCCCGGACCCCCGAGCGCCACGUCACCGUGCACAAGAGGCUCGUGCUGGCCUUCGCCGUCUCCAUCCUCACGCUCGUGGUGGUGACGGCCGUCGCCGUGACGCUGGCCCUCGGCUUCGAGAAAUGCGGCGGCGGCGGCGAGGACGCGGUCCCGCCCGGUACCGGCUCCAACCGGUCGCGAGACAGAAGUGGCGAACAGAAAGGCGGAGACGUGCAGCCGUGGCGGCGUUCGCGCUUACCGUCCGCACUGCGGCCGCGCCACUACGACCUCCGGCUCUCCGUCUACAUGCACAACUUCACCUUCUCCGGGGAGGUGAGCAUCGAGCUCCAGUGUGUGAACGCCACCAAGUUCAUCGUGCUGCACGCCGACAGCCUGCACGUGGAGAAGGUGGCCGUGUACUCGGACGGUAAGAGACCCGGCGCCAUGAGGAUCCACCGCCACUUCCGGUACCCGCACAACCAGGUGUACGUCGUCGCUCUGCACCGGGAAAUGAAGCCGCUCAGAACGUAUAAGAUCAACAUGACCUUCCAGGCCCAGAUCCAGAACCAGCUGCUGGGGUUCUUCCGGACCUCCUACGUGCUGCACGGAGAGAGAAGGUACGCGGCCGUGACUCAGUUCUCUCCGACUCACGCCAGGAAAGCGUUCCCGUGUUUCGACGAGCCCGUCUACAAAGCCACCUUCAGCGUGACACUGAGGCACGACGCCUCCUACCGGUCCAUCUCCAACAUGCCCAUCGAGUCGUCCGGCCUGGACGAGGACGGCCGGCUGGCCAAUCGGUUCUCCAGGACGCCUCGCAUGUCCACUUAUUACGUGUCCUGGGCCGUGUGUGACUUCGGCUCCCGGGAGACGACGACACGCGGCGGAGUGACGAUACGACUGUUUGCUCGGCUCGAUGCCAUUCAGAGCGGAUCGGGAGAUUACGCCCUGCACAUCACCAAGAGCCUCCUCGACUUCUAUCAGGAUUACUUCAGAGUCACAUACCCCCUGCCCAAACUAGAUCUCCUAGCUGUGCCGAAACACCCGUAUGCGGCGAUGGAGAACUGGGGCCUGAGUGUGUUUGUUGAGCAGAAAAUACUGCUGGAUCCUGAAGUCUCGUCUUUCUCCUACCAGAUGGAUCUCACCAUGGUGGUGGUGCAUGAGAUCUGUCAUCAGUGGUUCGGAGACCUGGUCACUCCAGUGUGGUGGGAUGACGUGUGGAUUAAAGAGGGAUUUGCUCAUUACUUCGAGUACGUGGGGAGCGACUUCCUCUUCCCAAAAUGGAACAUGAAACAGAGGUUCCUGACCGACGUUCUUCAUGAAGUCAUGCUGCUGGACGGUAUGGCGACGUCUCAUCCCGUCUCACAGGAGCUUUUCCACGUCGCCGACAUCCACCGAGUUUUCGACUGGAUCUCCUACAAAAAGGGAGCUGCACUGAUUCGCAUGUUGGCCAACGUCAUGGGACAAACCGCGUUUCAGAGAGGCAUCAAUGAUUAUUUAGUGACGCACGAGUACGGAAACACGGCAAGGGACGACUUGUGGAACUCAUUUUCACAGGCCUUGCAGAGGGAAGGGAAGGUCAUCGACAUAAAGGAGGUGAUGGACGGCUGGACUGUACAGAUGGGCUACCCCGUGGUCACCGUCAGCAAGAACGAGAGCCCGGAGAACACCGUCACCAUCAGCCAGGAGCACUUCCUCUACGACACGGACGCCAAGAUCCACCACCGUCAGCUUUUUAACAAAAGUUUGCAGUGGCAGAUCCCGCUGAGCCUGGCAUUGGGAAACUUCAGUCACACAUCAUCUGAGUCGCUCAUCUGGAUCUCUAAUAAAACAGAGACGCACCGAGUGGGACGUAUAGGCGAGGAGACGUGGUUGCUGGGCAACAUCAAUCAGACGGGCUACUUCAGGGUGAACUACGACCUCCACAACUGGAGACUCCUGAUCCAGCAGCUGAUGAUCAACCCCACAAUCAUCUCUGUGGGGAAUCGUGCUGGUCUGAUGGAUGACUCCUUCAGCCUGGCCAGAGCCGGCUAUCUCCCUCAGAACCUCCCACUGCAGAUCAUCUGUUAUCUGUCCAAGGAGGACGAGUUCCUGCCCUGGCAUGCUGCGAGCAGAGCGCUGUACCAGCUGGACAAACUGCUGGACCGCACCGAGGACUACAGCCUCUUUAGUAGUUAUGUGUUGAAGCAGGUGGAACUGAAGUAUCAUAAGCUGGACUGGCCAAAGGUGAAAGCGGGCGAAUCCUUCAAGCAGGCCACCUAUCAUACCGAUGAGCUCCAGAGGGAGGUGAUCAUGUUGGCCUGCAGUUUUGGGAAUAAACACUGUCACCGUCAGGCCAUGUCACUCGUCUCUGAGUGGAUCUCCAGCAACAAGAACAGGAUUCCCCCCAGCAUCCGUGACGUGGUGUACUGCACGGGCGUGUCUCUGAUGGACGAGGACGUGUGGGACUUCAUGUGGAUGAAGUUUCAGUCCUCCAGCGCCGUCUCGGAGAAGAAGGUCCUGCUGGAGGCCCUGACCUGCAGCGACAACACCUUCCUGCUCCACAGACUGCUGAACGCGUCUCUAAACUCGGACCUGGUGCCGGAUCAAGACGUGAUCGACGUCAUCGUCCACGUCGGCCGCAACCCACACGCACGCCAUUUAGCCUGGAGAUAUUUCAGGGAGAAGUGGGACGAGCUGAACUCCAGGUUCGGCGAGGCUUUAUUUCUAAACUCCAAAUUAAUCAGCGGAGUGACGGAGUUCCUCAACACGCAGAGAGAACUCGAUGAGCUGAAGGACUUCCUCCAGACGAGCGCCGCCGGAGCUUCCGCGUCUGCGUUCUCCCGAGCGCUGGAGGUCGUCCGGGCCAACGUGAAAUGGCACCAGCUUUACAGAGAGCGCUUCUUCCAGUGGCUGAGGAAAUCCAGCGACGGAUAAAGAUCCAGCUGCCGCCGACGUCUCGGCGUGGAGCCUCCGUCACACGUUUAUCCUUCACCCAUUAACCAGGAGAGCGGAGAAGAGCAACGAGAGCAGACGCCAUCUUACACCCCGAACAUCUGGAAACACGGUGCCUUCUGUUUCCUUCCUAGAAGGAGGAGGAGGAAGUGGAUGGGACUUGCAUGAUGCUUAUUAUCUCUACUCUCCUUCAACUGUUUUCUGGGGGGGGGAGGGGGGGGGGGUUGUUUAAAUGCAUGAAGGACACGAGUGAAUGGGUUUCUUCGCCGCGCAGAAAGCAGCCGGAGGAGAGCAGGGCGUGGCCGUGUGGCCGUCGGUGUAUAAAGCGGUUGUGUUUUGUAACAGAAUGUGUCGUCGGUUCUGUCUCUCAGUGACACGGGAUUUACUGUAUGUCGAGAAGAAAAUGUGUUUCGUGAACGCUGCUAUACCAGGGCUGGUUGUCACGGAGACGGAUCAGAACAAGCUCCAGAUAUUUGUCAGAGGAUGAAGGAUGUGUACAGAAAUUCCUGACUGAAAAUGUAAACAUCACGCAGAUAAAACUCUCCUCAACGCCCGGAAGUUGAUCGUUUUCCUACAGCCGCACGUGCCCGAGUGUGUUAUUCCUCGUUUGUUUAUUAAAGUUCAACACGUCGUACCUUUUUAUCCAUUCAUACAAGUAUAGUCCGAUCUUUUACGUUAUAAACAUCCGUUCUGUCGUUUUUUUUUUUUUCCUCUUCCUCUAAGUACACACAGAGGAGCAGAAGCGUGAACUUCAAGUUGCAGCGUUACCUUCAAAGCGCUGAAACUGGAGACUCCUUCCGUAUACGGUAAAUAUUUGACAGAAAACGGCACCGUAUCAACGCUGUUGCUAUAGAAACCAUGACGCAUUAAUAUAACGAGCGCUUUAAUGUAAACUGUCAGAGCUGCUGUUGUAGAAAACUGCAAAAAAAAAAAACGCCUUCUGACCAAUCAGAAUCCAGAAUGCAGCCGUGGAGUGCUAAUUCUUUUGGCUCGGUGCUGAUCGGUGGUUCCCGUGAGGCCGUUCAAGCUGUUCACUUAUACAAAAAUAAUUCUUCAUUUAAAAAAAAAAAAUGUUUUGUGUGGCAAGAUAGGAAGUAACGAGACAGCUUGAACCGGUCACAUGACUCGAGCGCUGUUAUGACUGGGUCCGAGAUCCGCCUUUAAUUUGUACCGUGUUGACAAAAUGAGACAAAAUAGCUUCUGUGAUCUUGAGGAAAUAAACUCCUUUCUGUCGUAACACCGCUGCUUCCUGUGGAUCUUCUCAAGCUGUAACAUUAUUAUCCGGAACAAAUGGUUUACAAAAAUGUUUAUAUUUACUAUUAAUUCAGUUAAUGGUACAAUUUUCCCACGUUCUUAGAUUCCCAGUCUGAGGUUAAGCUAAUUAACCAGGUGCACACUGAUGACAUCAGACAUCCAGGGGCGAUACUAGGGACUAUAGAGACCUUUACAUGUGGUUCAGGGAUUUCCUCUGGGUUCUCCGGUUUCCUUCCCCAGUCCAAAGACAUGCAUUGUAUGCUGAUUGGCAUUUCCAAAUUGCCCGUAGUGUGUGAAUGUGUGUGUGAUUGUGCACUGCGAUGGGUUGGCACCCCGUCCAAGGUGUCCCUUGAGUUCCCAGGGUGCAUCGAGUUCCCUGGGAUAGGCUCCAGGCUCCCUGCGACCCUGUGUAGGAAAA